AGCCUUGUGGCGUCAGUUUUCUCUAUCUUGUCUUACGUAGAGGACUAUUUCUCCGGCUAUUUUGUCAACGGGUCAUUGGCCCUCCUCCGCCCCUUGCUGUUCCCGUCAUCCUAUUGCAACUGUUCGUCGUCCCUGAACGGAUCCUUCGUGCCACCCAAACUGAAUACGGGUUCGCCAGUACCUACAGUACUGCGACUUGAUCUAUAUGCCCCAUCAUCAGCCCCUACAAAAUAUGAUUGAUAUAUCCAGCAAUCAGUUGGACUCUGAUUGCAAAGGUAAACCAUGUGUCGUCAAUGACACCUGUCAGUCUGGCUGGCCAGCGCGACCGGUAUCGAUCUGGAUCUGCUUGUUCCGUGGGUCCUAUGAUGUCUAUUCACCAACUCUCUUUCGCCCCAUCCACAGUCGUCCGUUCUAGUAUCUUCCAGGUCUCAGGUUAUUCUCUCUCGUCUUGGG